CUCGUUUAUGGGUCCUGGCUGGCAGUUCGCUCUCUUUUGCUCUUUGUGAUCUUUAUUUCGUACACCAGUGAGAGUGCUGGAAGAUUUCUGUUUCAGAGAUUGUUUUUCUUCUAUCCUCUUUGCACAAAGAUGAUGGGGGUUUUAGUAGAAGUCAGGUAUAUCGAGAACAGCAGAUUUUUGCCAUUCUCUUUACUGGGAUAAACAUCUGAGAUACGAAGGGAUCACAUAUUAGGGAGAUUGGCGAGAGGAGGGGUUUUGCGCUUGAAUCAAGCCCAUUUGCACAUUGAUUAGUGGUCAGCCGUUUUUCAAGUGUUGUACUUUUGCUCUACGGUUCCAUGAUUGUUUUCUUGAGCACAUAUCAUAUCAACGUCAUUAAGAAAUACUUAGAUGAUUAGUUUACUAAAGAGCUUCAGUGCUUCACACAUUGACUUUAGAACAAAAAAGGAAAGCUACAAUGAUUUGAUUAAAUGUAAACCUGUACAAACUGAGGAACUACUAGGCAUCUCUUGGGAAAGGAUGUCAAAUAUUUCAAGUCCUGAAAGUUUACCUUGAGAGUUUCAGCUGCAACUUUUUUGUACUUAAAACUGAAUCCUGUGACAAUUAGCUCCCUAACUUCAAGAAGUAUGCAAUUGAUCGUGUCACACUUGUGUUAAUGAACCUGAUAUCUCUGUUUCUUCGGGAUAUGCUGACCUUCCGUUUUCUCUCUGACAGUCUGUUGUUGGAGGUGCUUUUGAACAAAAAGGAUAAGAUUAAAAAUAAGCUACAGGGUGAAAUACGAGAAAUUAGUUUUAAUUUACAUAUAAUGGCAUUGGUAACUGCCGAGUUCCCCGCGCGUUUAAAGAACCCCGCCCACGGAAUGCCUCUGCCUUCCUCCCGAUGCUGAUACCCUGGAGGAUGAAAGCAGAGAUGGGCUGGAGAAAUGCGGAGGCAGGAGAUCGGCGCUGGACGAAAAGCGACAUCUCGGUGGCGCCUGUGCCCUGUAUGGAGCAAGGCAGGGCGGGCAGCGCUGGGCAGCGCUCGGUGCCUGCAGUGCCGGUAGGAGGCUGCGGGCGCCGCUGUUGACCGAGAGGAGCGAGAGGAAGCUCGGAGCGCUACCGGCAGCCCCGCCCGCUGCGGAUCGCAUCACUCGGACGCUCGCUCCCUGCCCGAACCUGCGGUCCCCGAUAAUCCCGGCGGUGCUGGUCCAUUCUGGAGCCAGGCGGAGGCACCGGCAGCUGCGCACGGUGCAGGAGCUGAGAGCAUUGAGUGGCAGCGGGAUUGGAUCGGCGGUGCUGCGGUGCCGGCGGUUCCGCGGCCGAGAUGUGCGCGGCGGGGAGGCGCUGGGGCCGGCGGCAGCGAGCUCUGCUCUGGGCCGUGCUGCUGGCGGCGUGGGAGGCGGCGUGGGGGCAGCUGCGCUACUCGGUGCCCGAGGAGAUGCCCAAGGGCUCCUUCGUGGGCGACGUGGCCAAGGACCUGGGGCUGCAGCUGCCGGAGAUCAACGACCACGGCGUCCACAUUACAGAAAGAGGUAGGACUCAACGCUUCGCUCUGCACGGGAAGACGGGACAUUUAGUGACAGCAGAGAGGAUCGACAGAGAGCAGCUGUGUCGGCUAGUGGAGAAAUGCGUGCUCCGCUGUGAACUGAUAGUGGAGGGACAGAUGCAGGUUUACGGAAUCGAAGUAGAAAUCAUGGAUAUUAACGACAACGCGCCGAGCUUCCUAGAGGCAGAAACAGAGCUGAGAAUGAGCGAAAUGACUGCCCCAGGGGUGAGAUUUCCACUUCCCAGGGCUCAUGACCCCGAUACGGGCCAGAAUUCCCUGCAGAGCUACGAGCUGAGCGGUGAUGAGCACUUCUCGCUGGCCGUGCAGGCGGGCCCUGGCGGCGAUCAGCGUCCCGAGCUGGUGCUGGCGAAGGCGCUGGACCGGGAGGAGGCGGCGUUUCACGAGCUGCUGCUGAGGGCGAGCGACGGCGGCGAUCCGGCACGGACGGGCACGGCUCGGAUCCGCGUGACGGUGCUGGACGCGAACGACAACGCGCCCGUGUUCAGCCAGGCGGAGUACACGGUGCGUGUGCCCGAGGACGUGCCCGUGGGCUCUGUCCUAGUCACUGUCACGGCUACGGACGCUGACGACGGUUUAUACGGGCACGUGAAGUACUCCAUGAAGAAAGAGACCGACAUGGAAUCGGAUAUUUUCCAUCUGGACACUGAAACUGGAGCGAUCAAGCUGUUGAGGAUCCUGGAUUUUGAGGAAGACAAUUUAUACGAAUUGGAGGUGCAGGCACAUGACAGUGGAGCUCUUUUCGACACUGCAAAAGUCACGAUCACCGUGACAGAUGUGAACGACAAUGCGCCUGAACUGACAGUAUCAUCAAAGCUGAACGAGAUACCGGAGGACGCCCAACCGGGAACUGUUGUGGCCCUGCUGCACGUGCAGGACCGGGACUCGGGAGCCAACGGCGAAGUGCGAUGCUUGAUUGACAAGGACGUCCCGUUCCGCCUGGAGAAGUCCUUUGAUGAAUACUAUCGCGUGGUGACAGCGAGAGAGCUGGACCGUGAGCAGGUGUCGGAGUACAACGUGACGGUGCGGGCGGCCGACGGCGGGUCGCCGGCGCUGCAGAGCAGCGCGGUGCUGGCGCUGCGGGUGCUGGACGUGAACGACAACGCGCCGGUGUUCUUGGAGGAGCGCUACAGCGCGCGGCUGGCGGAGAACAACGCGGCGGGCGCGCUGGUGCUGACGGUGCGCGCCACGGACGCGGACUGGGGGCAGAACGCGCGCGUGCGCUACCGGCUGGCGGAGGGGCGGGUGCGGGGCGCGCCGCUGUCGUCGUACGUGUCGGUGCAGGCGGAGACGGGCGCGCUGUACGCGCUGCGCUCCUUGGACUACGAGCAGCUGCGCGAGCUGCAGCUGUGCGUGCUGGCCGAGGACGGCGGCGCGCCGGCGCUGAGCAGCAACGUGUCCGUGCGGCUGCUGAUCGUGGACGAGAACGACAACGCGCCGCAGGUGCUGUACCCGCCGCCGGCCGCAGCGGCGGGCUCGGGCGCUGCGGCCUGGUCGGGCGUGGAGCUGGCGCCGCGGCGCUCGGAGGCCGGCGCGCUGGUGGCCAAGGUGGUGGCGGUGGACGCGGACGCGGGCCAGAACGCCUGGCUGUCCUACGAGCUGGCCAAGGCCACGGAGCCGGGGCUCUUCCGCGUCGGGCUGCACAGCGGCGAGGUGCGCACGGCGCGCUCGCCGCUGGCCCGCGACGCGGCGCGCCACAGCCUGCUGGUGCUGGUGCGGGACCACGGGCGGCGGCGCUCGGCCACGGCCACGCUGAGCGUGCUGCUGGCCGACAGCGUGGCCGAGCUGCUGGCCGAGCUGGCCAGCGCGCCCGACGACCAGGCGGCGGCGCCGGGCCAGCCGGCCGCCAGCCUGACGCGCUGGCUCGUGCUGGCCGUGGCCGCCGUCUCGUGCCUCUUCCUGGCCUUCCUGCUGCUGCUGCUGGCGCUGCGCCUGCGCCGCUGCCACCGCCAGCACCUGCUGCCGCCCGACAGCGGCGCCUUGCGCGGCGUGCCCGUCUCGCACUUCGUGGGCAUCGACGGCGUGCGCGCCUUCCUGCACUCCUACUCGCACGACGUGUCGCUCACGGCCGACUCGCGCAAGAGCCACCUGCGCUUCUCGGCCGCCAGCUGCUGCGACACCCUCCCGGCCCGGCCGCCGCCCGACGAGCCCGCGCCGCCGCCUCGGGGACGAGGAUCCUGCCGGAGCCCCUCCCCUCGGACACCGUCUCUGUUCCGGUGAGUUAG